AACAUUGACCGUAUCAGGGUUUAGCUCGCGUAGUGAAGACAUACGCGGAUAACAUGACAGCCUCUUAUAAAUUAAAAGUUCUUCCUCCGGAAAAUCCGCGAGCUUUAAUAAAACAAAAAUCCUCGCAAACUUAAAGAAAAUUUGGUGGUAAAUUUUGUUUUAUUUUUUUUUUUAAUUAUGAGUAUUUCUCAGGACAGUGCAGCGACUAUCGUCUGUCGCGAGGUCUUUGACGAGGCCUCGCACCCUUCCAAUGAGGAGGUUAUCGAUUACGCAAAGCGUAUUGGAAUCAACCCAAUAACGGAACCACACCUCCUUGAUCUUGCGCGUGAAGGGUUGAUGGCACCCUUGCCGAAAGGCUGGAGCCCUUGCUUCCACGAGAUCUUCGAGACCUGGUACUACUACGAGGCCUCGACGGGGACCACUACCUGGGAACACCCCCUUGAUGGAAAGUACAAGGAGCUCGUCAAGACGGCGAGAGCUUCUCAGAGCCGACAGCAGAGUCUUGACGAUGACUCGAAAACAUUCGCCAAGGAUCUGGAAUCCCACGAGGAGGCGACGAUCCCCACGGAGCCGCCCCCAUCAAAGCUCCCCCCGACGAAAAUCCCCACAAAGCUGGCGCCGCUCAGGAAGUCCGUGAGUGACAUGGGGAAGCGCAAGGACCACAGAAGGUCCACCAGCGAGGCCAGACUGACCGAACGCUCCGCCAGGGACUACACGAACCUCCAGUACCAGGACCCGAGGUUCUACGAGUCUCCGAAGCUGCUGAGCCCCGAGGGGGAGCUCAACCUCAGAGAAAUUGUCAAGCGCUCGGAAUCUAUGAGCCCCAGGUAUGAGAAGGACUGGGAGCAGUUGUCAAGUAAGUUCAGCUCCGAGGAGAACGUCAUCGACAUCGACAAGCUCAGCGCCAGCUCGCUGACCAAGAUCGACGGCAAGGGUGACCGGUUCGACAAGGAGAAGCAUCCCAGCCAGAUAAUGAGUCGCCAAAAGGAGCUCACUCUCACUGGCGGUGGUUCUAUGUUCCUCAAGAGUAACAGGAGCCGCGAUAACACUCCCAGUCAUGAAGCCGCCAGGUUUGAGGAUUUUCAGAUCAACAGCCUCAGUCUCGAGAGGCCAAAGUCUAUUCUACGAGAAAAGCCGCCUGAAGAUGAUGAUCGACAUACAGAAGAAGAGCGAAAAAGCGUACGCUUUGACCUAGAAAAAGACAAUUUAGACGACAUAAAAUUCACUUACUCAGGAUCUGAGGAUGAGGAUUGGGAUUCUGAAGUGUCAGAGCCAAAAUCAGAGUCCAAAGACGACGCUUUAGAUGACAAACUGGGUGCCAAGGAGCCUAAAAACAAACCAUCUAGCCCUGGAUCAAAAAUGGUUGGCAACCGUUUUCUAGUUCAGGAGGUAUCAGAAUCUGAACACUUGAGCCAGUUGAAGGAAGACCUGGACGACCUGCCGACCAACAAGUUUACAAACAUAAAAAACAUUGACCUGUUCUCAAAAAGCGACACAGACAGCACGCCAAGGACAGGUAAGGACGAUUCCAGAUCCCUGGAAACAGAGGCUCAUCUCAAGAAACUGAGGUCGGACCUCGAGGGGGUGAACAAAGAAAAGGAGAGAAACAAGAGGAAGGACGACGAUGUGAAAAGUGCCAUUACAAGGAAACACGAGAGAGAAAUUCUUGAAUUGAAGAGAGAGCUUGAGGAAAGAGUUGAGAGGACGCGGAAGGAAAUGGAGGCGAGCUUUCUUGAGCAGCGCUCGCAGAUGGAGAAGCUCAUGGAGGGAAAGCUGGAGGAGUUUAAGAGUCAGCUGCUACUGAAGGAGCAGGAGGAGAUCAAUAAUUUGGUCGCUGAAAUGGAUGAGACCAGGAGGAAGAAUUUGGAGAAGGUCAGAAGUGAAUUGGAGGCUUGCUAUGAGAAGGAAAGACAGGAGAUUUUUGUAAAGUUGAAGAAUGAACUGGAUGAGAAGAAGCAGGAGAUGCUGGAGCUCAGGAAUCAUGAGAUCGAGAAGAUGGAGAAUGAGUAUGAUAAGACAAUAGACGAAGAAAAGAACCUCAAGAUGGCUGAACAUGAUUUGGCGCAGAAGCACAAUAUUAAGAUUGAAGAUAUGAAGAAGGACUUGGAGAAGGAGUUUGACGAUUUGAGAAAGAAGCUGAGGGCCGAGCAGAGGGAGAAGAUGACCAAGAUUACAGAAGAGCAUGAAAAGUGCUUGGCUGAAAUUUCCCGGGAUUAUCGCGUUGAGGAAAACAUGGCUCGAAAGGUCUUCAAGCAGAAGCUAGACGAAAUUAGGUCUGAUCUGGCUCGGGAAAUUGACAAGGAGACCAAAAAGAUCUCCGAUCGCGCUACCAGACAGGAUUCCGCGGAUUACGACAAAAUUCGGUGCGAAAAGCGGAUUUUGGAGGACAAGUACAAAACUUUGAAGGACAAGUACUUGAAGUUGAAGAACGACGUGCGUUUGGCGGUAGAAAAGAGGAGUAAACGCAAAGAGGGGCAUACUACUGCUUCCGAAACAGAGAAAUCAGGCUCCACUAGGACCAGGACCGAGAGAACCGAGUCUCUGACUCAGAAUAGAACAUCAUCGAAAAACGUGAGCUCAAGCUCGAAGCCAGAAGUGAACCAGAACCAGAACCAGAACCAGAACCAAAACACCGCAGACAACUCCGAGAGCCAGCAGUCCUUUCAGAGGUUCAGCCACGGAGACUCCAGAAGUGCCAAGUUUGAGUCAGACGACACCACCACCGCCAGCGAGACCAUGAACUCAAACAUCCUCCAGAAAAAAAAGAGCCACGCGAAAAAGACUCCGACAAAACUCCCGUUGAACAACAACAAUAUCGCGGACAAUCCCGUGGAGAAUAUCCGGAAGCAGCUAGAGAAAUUAGAAGACCUAGGUGAUCAAUUACCUACUAAUGAAAAUGCUUAUACGUUGAGAUACCCUUUCCAAGAUAAAGUUCCCGUCAACGCUUCGUCGGAGCUCGAGUUCUUCAGACACCGGAUCCACGUCGAGAGGGACUCCGUGAAGCGCGCCAGAGAAACCUUGAGAGCCCAGAAGAACAUCUUCCAGGGAGUGCAGAAGGCCUGGAAAGAACGCAGUGCUCGAGCCACUUUGGAGCAGCUUGUUCAAGAGGAACGAGAGCUUUCGGAUAUGGAGGUCAGUCUCCAUCGCACCAAGAGUCUUCUUGGUGAAAAGGUUAUUCAUCUCAAGCAUCUCGAGCAGUCAUUAGAGCGCGUUGCCAACGCUAAAAAAAACGAAAAUGAUAUCAGCCCAAUUAAGAGCGAUGAAUUGACUCUCAGUGAUAUCUCCAGCGCUAGCAGCGGCUUUUCUUCUACUGAUCUGGACAAACCCGACUACUAUCAAGAGUCUACGGAAAUAAUUGCCAGUCUUGAGAAUUUGAACUCGGAAAUUCGGGAAAUUUGGAAUGUUCUCAAUAAGCGUAGGGGUAAUAAUGUACCACCACCUCCUAAUUUGGUCGGUUCUGACACCAGAUGGUUUCCUUUUCAGCAUCUUACUACUCAAUCAAAUAAUAUUCAAGGUUUCGGAACUCCGAAUAUUCAAUCAAAUAUUUUGUCACAGCUGACAGCUCACCCGCCGACGACAACGCAGAAUAUAAUUGCUCAAUACGGACCAAAUAGUGGAUUCACGACGAGUGUCGGGACGGUUGACCGCGGGUCUAACUUGAUUGAGCGGACGCGAAACAUGCGAGACUGGUUGAGGCAGGCGCGUGUCGAGACCACAGAUUUAAUCAGCACCGGACAGGCCACUCUAUAACUAUCAGAAUUUUUAUUUUUUAACGACUCUAUUAACGAUUGAUAUUAAUAUUAUCACAGUAGACACGAUAAUUAAUUCGUAGGAAUUUAUUACUCUCCUAAUUGAUAAUUGAUAAUUGAUAAUUGAUAAUUGAUAAUUUAUUAUUGAUGUUGAUAAAUUACAACUAAUCAAUUUAUAUAUUAAUAUAUUAUAUAUUUUAGAUAACUUUUUGGUUGUCCUUGUAAAUUUAUUUGCGUAAUUUGUAAAUAGUGAAUGUUGUACAGGAAAGAGAAAGUAAUUUUUAUGAAAACAAAAAAAUUAUAGUACCUUUGUUUUAUCAUUUUAUAAAUAUAUUUAAUAUAUAAUAUUACAUUUUUUAUUCAUAUAUAUGCCAAAGUAACACGCAAUAUCGGAUAUUGAUUAACUUAAGUUAAUGAACAAUUGGUAAUUAAUAUGACUUUACGGGCAAUUUUAUUAGAAUUUCAAUCUUGAUGCAACAACCAAAUGAUUAAUUGAUGUGAUAAAAAAUAAAAUAAAAGUAUGACAGUAGAUUACUUAAAAUUAAAACGAUCAAAAGUUAAUAUUAAUGAUAAUUAAAAUAAUUGUUAAAAAAAAAUUAUACUCCCACGACAGAUUUAAAAGUAAGUCGUUAUUGUGCUUCCCUUGUUAUUUUUAUUUGUGAUAUCUUCACUCACCUGAUAAAAAUUUUCAAAUAAAUAAAACAUAUAAUUC